CCUUCUAAUCCUGAGGAACCUUCUGAUAAAUCCUACACUAUGACCUCAGAUGUCAAUCUAAGAUCAAUGGAUCCUUCUAAUCCUGAGGAACCUUCUCAUAAAUCCCACACUAUGACCUCAGAUGUCCAUCUAAGAUCAAUGGGUCCUUCUAAUCCUAAGGAACCUUCUGAUAAAUCCCACACUAUGACCUCAGAUGUCCAUCUAAGAUCCAUGGGUCCUUCUAAUCCUGAGGAACUUUCUGAUAAAUCCCACACUAUUACCUCAGAUGUCCAUCCCCAGAACUUCUCUCCAAGCCAUGAGGGAGUUCCCACAGGAGGGAGCUCAUUGUCCUGUUUGUUGUGUGGAAAAACAUUCGGUAAGAGAAAAGGACUUCUAGGACACCUGAAAACUCACAAGGGUGAGCGUCCUCAUUCGUGUUCGGAGUGCGGAAAAUGUUAUUCUAAGAAGGAAAGCCUUGUUCUACACCAGAGAGUUCACACGGGUGAGCGUCCAUUUUGCUGUUCGGAAUGUGGAAAAUGUUUUCCUGGGAAAAAAAACCUUGUUUCGCAUCAGAGAACUCACACUGGCGAGCGCCCCUUUUGCUGUUCGGAGUGCGGGAAAUGUUAUCGUCAAAAAGGAUGCCUUCGUAAACACCAAAGAAGUCACACAGGUGAGCGUCCCUACACGUGUCCGGAAUGCGGGAAAAGUUUUCCUAGGAAAGGAACCCUUCUUGCACACCAGAGGUUUCAUACAGGUGAGCGUCGCUUUUCCUGUUUAGAGUGCGGAAAAUGUUUUUUCGGUAAAGGAUCCCUUCUUACACACCAGAGAAUUCACACAGGUGAGCGUCCUUUUUCAUGUUCAGAAUGCGGUAAAUGUUUUCCUGACAAGGGAUACCUUCUGAAGCACCAAAGAAGUCACAGUGGCGAGCGUCCCUAUUCGUGUUUGGAUUGCGGGAAAAGUUUUUCCAAGAAAGGAACCCUUCUUACACACCAGAGACGUCACACGGGCGAGCGCCCCUAUUCCUGUUCACAAUGCGGAAAAUGUUUUUCUGACCGAGGAAACUUUCAUAAACACCAGAGAGUUCAUACGGGCGAGCGCCCCUUUUCCUGUUUAGAGUGCGGGAAAUGUUUUUCUGACCAGACCAACCUUCGUAAACACCAGAGGAAUCACAGUGGUGACCGUCCUUAUUCAUGUUCCGAGUGCGGAAAAGGUUUUUUCUCGAAUGAGCAGCUUCUUCUGCACCAGAGAGUUCACUCAGGUGAGCGUCCUUAUUCGUGUUCCGAGUGCGGGAAAUCCUUCGCUCAGAAGGGGCACCGUGAUGCUCACCAGAGACGUCACGCCGGUGAGCGUCCCUAUUUAUGUACUGAGUGCGGGAAAUGUUUUGCAGCGAAACAGGCUCUUCUUAAACACAUCACAAGACACAGCUCAGAGCCUCCUCGCAGCUUUCAGACUGAAGUAAAAGUUUUACAGAUCACAUAAGUCUAAUCUCGAAACAAACACUGGAUAUUCAGGCCGACGGAUGUUCGAAUACCGGAGCAUCUCAGCUCCACUUGGCACUCAUGUCUUUGAAACGUUACAAACUCUCUAUGCUGCUUCACCUACUGAAUGUGGCAAAUGCAUGUAUUCUACUAUUCAGGUGGCUCCCCCCAUUCCCCCCCACCAGCCUAUGGUAUGCUAAAACCAAUAAACUAAACAAAUGGAGUUAGUUGUGGCAUCGGCAAAUGGCAGGGAGGAACUCUUUCAUAGGGCUUAGUAAAAGGCUAUAAUGAGAUCACAAGCAUAAACCCCUGAACAAUGGACACCUUAAUAUAAGUCACCUCUGCUGCACCCUACUGGCCCUCCAGAAGGAUUACGAAUGACUGCUCCCUUGGUCGCAAACACCCCUCCCCUUGUCCCCACCCCUCCUUCUUCUCUCCAUCCUCCCUCCUCGUCUCUGUUUCUCUUUCAGAAUGUUUUGGUCUCUCAUCAGAAGCUGAGUUACCUUGAGUCUCUAAGGUAGUACCAAGAGGCUUAAUAGACUUUUAUUUUUCUUUCUUUAGCUCCUUGUCAUUUGUCUGUUACCUACUCAGAAUUUACAGGGACAACUACAAAGUUUGGAUAAAGAUUCUAUAAGCUGGUGAUCACUAUGGCCUAGGAUACUACCCUCUUAGGGCCCGUACACACGACCGGAUCUGUCCGCU